AAAUAAAGGUACUUUUUAUGUGUAUAAUUAUUGUUUUUUUUACAGUCAUCAUGGACGAUCGUACAGUAGACCUGAUCUUCGGAGGGUCUUUGAAGCUGCUGCCACCUGUCAGCUCGAAGAUAGUGAGGAUUUUCACCAGCUCUACAUUCACUGACACGGCUAUGGAAAGAAACACAUUGAUGUCGAAGUGUUAUCCGAGAAUAAAAGAUUACUGCAGAGAAAAGCAUGGCUUGGAGUUUCAGGUGGUGGAUAUGCGUUGGGGCGUACGUGACGAAGCCACCGACGACCAUAUGACCACAGAGCUUUGCAUGCGUGAGAUUAAGAACUGCCAAAGGUUAUCUAUGGGGCCCAAUUUUGUCGUGUUCCUCGGACAGAAGUAUGGUUACAGGCCCAUACCAACUUACGUGCUGUCCUCGGAACUCCAAAUGCUGAGAGAUGAAUUGGCGGCCGGCGGAGUUGAUGUUAUCCUGCUGGAUACUUGGUACAAGAAGGAUUCAAACGCAGUACCACCAGUGUCAGUACUGCAACCAAUUUCAUCUAUACUGGUCAAUUUUAAUAACAAGAGAGUUCCAAAGCUCCAAGCAGAAGACCAGGCAGUCUGGUGGGACACACUCUGCAAGAUGCAGAAGUUGUUCCGCAAGGCAUCACAACAGCUCUACAAUGCUGGGAAAAUCGACAAAGAUACUAUGCACAAUUACUUCAUGUCGGUAACUGAACGUGAAGUAAUCAACGGAAUAUUAAACGUGAAAAACACUAAAAAUCAUUGCUUAGCCUAUGUUCGGUACAUCAACAAUAUUAACUUACAAAAUCUCAAAAAGGCAAGCAACUAUGUUGAUAUCCUGAAUAGAAGCUUGGACGCGGAGGCUUCUAAAUUACUUGCUGAUCUCAGAGAUGUUAGAUUACCAGAAAAAAUUGAAACAACUAACAUACAAAAAUAUACCGUUGAAUGGAUAGGCCGUGAAGGUCUGGAGACUGAGACACAUGGAGAAUAUCUGAACCACUUCAUCGCUCACUUCUACAAGAACAUAAUUAAACUAGUCGACAGGGCAAUGCGCAAAGAAGACAGCAGUGCCCAGGGUCAGAUAGUGACUGAGAUCUUACAGCAUCUCCACGCUUGCAACAACUCCGUGAAGGUCUUCCAUGGUCGAGAAGAUGAUCUGCUCUUCAUCGAGAACUACAUGAAGAACAGCUCUGAUAAACCUCUAGUGCUUUAUGGAGAAGGUGGUUGUGGAAAAACCAGUCUUCUAGCGAAGAGUUCAGCGAUGUCGUUGGCCACUUGGUUCGCUGAAGUUCGACCAACCAAUGUGAUCAGGUUCCUCGGAACUACUCCUGACUCCAGCGCUCUUACACCGACUUUAAUAUCGAUUUGUCAACAGAUUUCAUACAAUUUCGCAUUACCAUUUGAGAGUAUUCCGGAUGAUUUAGUGCCGCUGACGGCUCAUUUUAAGCAGCUCCUAACGAUGGCUUCCCAGCAGCAACCAUUACUAUUGUUCCUCGACUCAGUAGACCAACUAACAGGGAUAGGCACAGAGAAUAAUAAAGUAUCCUGGCUGCCAACGAGAUUACCACCUCAUUGCAAGAUCAUUGUAACAUGCGCUUGCGAAGAAGCUAAUCCAGAAGUAUCAAAAGAAUAUGAUGUGCUGCGACGUAUGAUAGAUUCUGAAGACAAUUUCUUAGAAGUCAAAGCUCUGGGAGAAGAUCUUGCAAUGCAAGUUCUUAAAUUAUGGAUGGCAUCAGCAGCCAGAGACUUAACCAACUACCAAUGGCGACUUGUAUCCAACGCGAUUGGUCAAUGUUCUCUGCCUAUAUUCGUAAAAUUGGUGUUUGCUGAGGUCUGCAGAUGGCGAAGCUAUACCAAACCUCAGGACACUCAUCUCGCUUCUACAGUUAUGGAUUCUAUCAUGAUGCUAUUUGAACGAAUUGAGAAGCAGCACGGUCGUCUGUUAGUAUUCCAUGCAUUAGCAUAUAUCACUGCAGCUAGAAGUGGUCUUUCUGAGACUGAGUUAGAAGACCUCAUCUCAUUGGAUGACAAGGUUCUUGAUGAUGUGUACCAAUACCACUUACCACCAGUUAGAAGGAUACCUCCAUUAUUGUGGACAAGAAUCCGCAACGAUCUUCCUAAUUACUUAUCUGAGAGGGAAGCAGAUGGUGUUUCUGUUAUGAAUUGGUAUCACAGACAGUUCAGGGAUACUGCUAGAGAGAGGUAUUUUAAAAACAUGAACAUGGCGAUGUAUUUCCAUUCUAUGAUUGCUGAUUAUUAUUUAGGUAUUUGGGGCGGUGGUAUACCGAAACCCUUCAAAUACACUGAAAUCCAGCGACACAGGUUCAACUUGGCUGACAAGGAGGGGGUGGCUGAUAGAAAGGUUCCUCUGCAGCCCUUGGUCUUUACUUCAGCAGACGGUUCUUCGAAGCGAUACAAUUUGAGGAAGUUUGGUGAACUCCCCUUCCAUUUAGUGCGGUCUAAGCGGUUCACAGAUCUCUACGCUGAAGUUCUGUUCAACUACGAAUGGCUACACGCCAAGCUAAACUGCUGUCCUCUACAAGCAGUUCUCGCGGAUUUCGAAGAUGCUAAACUUCAUGUCAGCAAAGACGCUGUAAGGGAACUAAUGUUAGUAGCGGACGCUCUCCGUUUGGGUGGAGCAAUCCUGGGAGCAUAUCCUGACAUGCUGGCACCGCAGCUGGUGGGCAGACUCCUUCCAGAAGCUUCUCAAAAUCCAGCAGUAGCGUCUCUUCUGCAGCAGUGUCAUGAUGUGGGGAAGAAUCACUGCGCGUUGCUCCCUUCACAUCACUGUCUUCAUACACCUGGAGGACCAUUGAAGUACUCGUUAGAAGGUCACCAAUUCGCAGUAUUCGCGUUUCGUCUGAGCUCCGACAAACGCUACGUGGUGUCGAUAUCCAGCCGCGUUAUCUCCUGGGAUUUGUCUACUUCGGACUUGGCUCGCGAUUUGUGUCCACAAUUGGAAGGAAUUCUGCAAAACUUGGAAUUAUCGCCGGAUAACAAAUGGGCUGCUGCGUCGACUAAUAAUUCUGUGUCAAUGCUCUUGAAUAUGCUGACAAGCGAAUACGUUACCAUCGAAAAUCCUUUAGAUGAAGGUGAAACUGUUCGCGGUGUGUUUGUGCUGAACCACCACAUGUUCAUCUUCGGCCCUCACUCCUGGGUGCAGUACAGCAUGCGCGGGGAGCUGCAGCAGACUGUCUCCGCUCCUGACACCGCGCCAUACGAUGACGUCACUUGGGAGAUACUUUCAAUGGAGUUCCGAGAUCUGGAGAACUUCGUCCUCAUCAUGUGGAGCGGAGAUCUGGACGACGACCGGCUGCUGGUGCAGUUCCAGAAGAACGGGACCUGGAUGAAGACGCUGCGGUGCAGAGGCGCUGUGACUCUUAACAAGUACUGGACGAGGGUUUAUAGCAGCGACCCGAAAAGAGGAUAUCAGAUAUCAGUGUUUGAAUUAAACGAAGAAGAGCAACGUUGGGACAAAGUGGAAGAACUCCAUCACAAAGAGACGGAUACUGCAGAAGCUAUGCUGCAACUUAAGCGAGGGAAGAAGGAUAGAAUGUUACUCGCCACGACGACGUAUAGUUUCGUAGUUUGGGACUUUCAUAAUAUUAUCCCAAGAGGUAACCAUGUUGAUGAACGACAAAGACAAAGAAGUGAAGGGAAUGACAAACAAGAUGAAGAAGAAGAGGAAAAAGCAGAUGUUCUUUCUGAAAAGAAUCUACGUAUAGAAGGAAUAGUAUUAAAACUACCCCAUACUAUUCGCAAUAUCUCUACCAAGAUGACGCAAUCAAAUUCCUUCAUGAUUAGCAAUAACAACACUUAUGCUGUAGCUGGUGUAAGAAAGAACCUAUAUGUAUGGAGUUUGGAGACAACGAAGCUGAUCAAGAUCCUGGACGCUCACUUCGGGAGGAUCGUGCAGCUGGAGCCGCUGACUGUCGGCGCCUGGAACAACGUCAUCACCUCCUCCAUUGAUAGAACUGUUAAGAUUUGGAAUAUUGACAACAUCUUCGAGCAGGUCCACAAGAUUGACCGACAGGAGUUACCAAUAGAUGCUAUCAGUCUAGCAAGAGACAAGCAGCUCGCAGUGACAGUGACCCGCAGCUGCUGGGGUCUUUGGGAUACGAGCAGUGGUAGACUGUUGGCGCAGUUGGCUGAUGCACCUCUUGGUGCCAUCGUCACCCAUGCGGUGAUAACACCAGCUGGUGACAAUGUGAUCACAGCUGAAUCUGGGAAUGUGGUGAUAUGGGAUAUUGCUGAGAAACAGGUUAUUUUUAAAGAAGAACAGAAAGGUGUAAAGCAAGUACUUCUUCUAGACGAUGGAACUAAAUUUAUAACAAUUUCAAUGCAAGUAUCCACAGAAAAUACUGACAAUUUAGCAAUGGCGGUCAUCAUAGCCAGAACAAUACCAGAUGGAGAAAGAAUCUAUACAACAGAGUAUGAAGUGCGAAGUACAGGAUACAAGGCGGCUGUGGUGUCGGCUGAUGAACACCAUGUUGUAGCUCCCGGCGCGGACAAGACCCGGGAGUGCCUGCAUGUGUUCCAUGCCAGGACAGGAACUAAGUUACAUAGGAUUUCAGUCAAGAACAGCGGAAUAAAGGACAUGCAGUCGAUAGUGGCGUUGCCCCACAAGCCGCACUGGGUGGGGGUCGUCGGCAACGACAAGGCUGGGAUACUUGAUAUCAAAACUAAAAGACAUGUCAGAUUCGUACCACGUUGGAACGGCGCAUGUACCAAAGAUGGUAAGAUAGGGUUGUGCGCGCCGUCCCGCGGCGGACUCGAUCUGAUCGAACUGAAGCGAGGCACAUCACUACAGCAGUUAAUCUCGAGGGCGGCUGAAGGAGUAUUUUCCAUUAUUACAAUGUUCAGUUCCACUGAUCAGUAUGUUUUCUACUACCAUAGUGGGAGGAAAACUUUGCGAGUUUUCAGAACGGUGGACGGUAAGGCAAUCGCGGAGUACCGCGCGCCCGCCGAGGUGACAGGAGUGGCGAGCGCUCACGGAGGGAAAGCUGUCGCGUUAGGAUCACAAGACGGGUGUCUAACUAUACUAAAUAUUGUUGACCCAUAUGAAUAAGCAAUACAAGUAACAGAAUAUAAACGUAGAUUACCACUGUUGUAACAAUUAUGUUUUAUUUAAUACUAGUUGUUCCCGUGCGGCUUCAUCCGCAUGUUAUUAUGGACAUUUUAU